UGACUCUGCCAGGGCGGUGUCACCGGUCAAUGAUUGAAGCUACCACACCGUGGAGGCUGACGCUGCUCAGGCGAUCACGAAUAGCCACCACGAGGUGAGCCCGGCGACUGUUUCGUCCAGUGCGUCUCGUGCAUAUAGUGACGCAUAGUUCCCUCUCUUUGGGCAUGUUGAUUCGGUCUAUAUUUAUUGCAGCUUUUCUGAAGAUUUCGACUGUGUUUAUCGCAGCAUGUCGCAAAGCAACAUUAGAUUCGUUCCAGAUCUGAACUUCCACUAUCUCGUACAGAACACAAACAGUGGCUAUCUGGGUACCACUGCUUCGUCUCUCACACAAAACAAUGUGAUUCCUGUGGUAUUUGGGGGGAACGAUGUCUGGUCAUUCUCACCCUACGGCAGCUCUGACGGGCCCUCUUAUUUCAUGAGAUCGAGAAUCUACCCACAGCUGUGCUUGACUCUGGAUUCGAGCAACUAUCCGAUCCUCGAUCAAUGCCGCAAUGCUGUCUUCUGGUCUUCCUCUUACGUUCGGGGAACAGAUGGUGCAGAUGACGGCUAUACGUUGACGACGUCGCGAAGCGGCAAGGUAUUAUAUCUCGGCAAGGACAGUGCCAGAAACGUACGCGCAUUCGAGAGCGGCGUCUCCAUCAAGUACCUUUGGCAGUUCACCGUCACUUCGCUCAAGGUUGAUCUUCUAGCUGCGGUAAGCCGAUGCUUCCAGUCGAUUGCGGGUCGACUACGUAUCCGGGUCUGACAAGAUCUAGUCAUCAAUCGACUUGGCAUCAACUGCUACUGCAUCGACCAGUUCGCUGCCCAACUUGACUUUGCCAGGGUCGACUUCGACCACAUCUACCCAGGCUAUCGCUCAGACCAUUACUAGUAACGUUGCGACUGCGAGCACGAA